GCUGGGAAGGGGCGGCCGGGAGCCCGAGCCCGGGGCCGGGGCACGAGCAGCUGAGCGCCGCCACCAUGCAGGCAGCGGCGGCCGUGUCCUUCUGGCUGCUCUGCGUCUUGGGGACCUGGCCCCUGGCGCGCUGUGGUCGGGCAGGAGACGUCUCACUGAGCGGACUGGAGAGGGGGGACGAAAACCGCUUCCUGGAGCGCCAGAGCGUCGUACCACUGCGCCUCGUCUACCGCUUGGGCGGCGAGGACGAAACUCAGCACGACCAGCUCAACACGCGGGUGCGGGGCGACCCUGGCGGACCGCAGCUGACUCACGUGGACAAGGCCAGCUUCCAGGUGGACGCCUUUGGAACCUCCUUCAUUCUCGACGUGCUGCUGAACCACGAGUUGCUGUCCUCUGGUUACGUAGAGAGACAUAUUGAACAAGGAGGCAAGGUCGUGGAAAAGAAAGGAGGAGAACACUGUUAUUACCAGGGCCAGAUCCGGGGAAACCCUGUCUCAUUUGUUGCCCUGUCAACGUGCCACGGACUCCAUGGGAUGUUCUAUGAUGGGAACCACACAUAUCUCAUUGAGCCAGAAGAAAAUGAGAUGUCCCAAGGGGAGUCUCAUUUUCACUCCGUGUACAAGUCCAGACUGUUUGAAUUUCCCUUGGAUGACCUUCCAUCGGAAUUUCAACGCGUAAACAUUACUCCCCCCCAAUUUAUUUUGAAGCCAAGACUAAAGCGGAGGAAAAGACAGCUUCUUCGAUUUCCUCGGAAUGUAGAGGAGGAAACCAAAUACAUCGAACUGAUGAUCGUGAACGAUCAUCUCAUGUUUAAAAAGCACCGGCUUUCCAUUGUAUAUACAAAUACCUAUGCGAAGUCUGUGGUGAACAUGGCAGACGUGAUCUAUAAAGACCAACUUAAAACUAGGAUAGUAUUGGUUGCCAUGGAAACCUGGGCUGCUGACAACAAGUUCGCCAUAUCUGAAAACCCACUGGUCACCCUGCGAGAGUUCAUGAAAUACAGGAGGGAUUUUAUCAAGGAGAAGGCUGAUGCGGUUCAUCUGUUCUCGGGCGGUCAAUUUGAGAGCAGCCGGAGCGGGGCAGCUUAUAUUGGUGGGAUUUGCUCGCUGCUGAGAGGAGGAGGCGUGAAUGAAUUUGGAAAACCGGAUUUAAUGGCCGUUACACUUGCUCAGUCAUUAGCCCACAAUAUCGGCAUAAUCUCAGACAAGAGGAAAUUAGCGAGUGGUGAGUGUAAAUGUGAGGACACCUGGUCCGGGUGCAUCAUGGGAGACACCGGCUACUACCUCCCGAAAAAGUUCACUCAGUGCAAUAUUGAGGAAUAUCAUGACUUCCUGAAUAGUGGUGGGGGUACCUGCCUGUUCAACAAGCCUUCCAAGCUUCUUGAUCCUCCUGAGUGUGGAAAUGGCUUCAUUGAAACCGGAGAGGAGUGUGACUGUGGCACCCCUGCAGAAUGUGCCCUUGAAGGGGCAGAGUGUUGUAAGAAAUGCACCUUGACUCAGGACUCUCAAUGCAGUGAUGGCCUCUGUUGUAAAAAGUGCAAGUUUCAGCCUCUGGGGACCGUGUGCCGAGAGGCAGUGAAUGACUGUGACAUUCGUGAAAUAUGUUCAGGAAAUUCAAGCCAGUGUGCCCCCAAUGUGCAUAAAAUGGAUGGAUAUUCGUGUGAUGGUACUCAGGGAAUUUGCUUUGGAGGAAGAUGUAAAACGAGAGAUAGACAAUGCAAAUACAUCUGGGGGCAAAAGGUGACAGCAUCUGACAGGUACUGCUAUGAGAAACUGAACAUUGAGGGGACUGAGAAGGGUAACUGCGGGAAAGACAAAGACACGUGGACACAGUGCAACAAACGGGAUGUGCUUUGUGGCUACCUCCUGUGCACAAAUAUCGGCAAUAUCCCAAGGCUCGGCGAGCUGGAUGGCGAAAUCACCUCCACCUUAGUUGUGCAGCAGGGAAGAACAUUAAACUGCAGUGGGGGCCAUGUUAAGCUUGAAGAGGACGUAGAUCUCGGCUACGUGGAAGAUGGGACGCCCUGCGGCCCUCAGAUGAUGUGCUUGGAGCACAGGUGUCUUCCGGUGGCUUCCUUCAACUUCAGCACGUGCUCCAGCAGUAAAGCCGGCACUGUGUGCUCGGGAAACGGAGUUUGCAGCAAUGAGCUCAAGUGUGUGUGCAACAGACACUGGACAGGUGCCGACUGUGGCACCCACUUUCCUCACAAUGAUGAUGCUAAGACUGGCCUCACCCUGUCUGGCAAUGGUGUUGCUGGCACUAAUAUCAUAAUAGGAAUCAUUGCCGGCACCAUUUUAGUACUGGCCCUCAUAUUAGGAAUAACUGCCUGGGGUUAUAAAAACUACCGAGAACAGAGGUCCAAUGGACUCUCUCAUUCUUGGAGUGAAAGGAUUCCAGACACAAAACAUAUUUCAGACAUCUGUGAAAAUGGGAGACCUCGAAGUAACUCCUGGCAAGGUAACAUGGGAGGCAACAAAAAGAAAAUCAGAGGAAAAAGAUUUAGACCUCGAUCCAACUCCACUGAGAGGGAGCCCCAAGCACCUGAGCCUGGGCACUCCCUCGCCCAGACAAUCCCAUCCCAAGGCAUAAGCCCAGGGGGCUCUGACAGCCCCCAGACAGGGAGUCUGGAUCACAGGACCCUGUCACCUGCCAAGUCUCCAUCUUCGUCAACUGGGUCUAUUGCCUCCAGCAGAAAAUACCCGUACCCGAUGCCUCCGCUUCCUGACGAGGAGAAGACAGUGAACCGGCAGAGUGCCAGGCUAUGGGAGACAUCCAUUUAAGAACAACUGUUUACAUGUGACACAUCGAAAUUGUUUACUUCUACUUUUAUAGAAAUCUAGCCACCCGCAAUCACUGCAAAUCUAUCUGCUCUCUGGAUGAUUUCAAAUCCUCUGAGAUAUCAGAGGAGAGGAAGCCACGGGUCACACCUGGACACCAUACUUUUUUUUUGUCAUUGGCUUAAGGUUUACCCAAAUGGUAAAAAGAAUUACUGGAAUGUCACACUACAACAUGGAACUGUUUAUGGUCUGGUAUUGGUAUGUUAAUGGAUAAUCUGCAUGACAGAAAUAUGUAGAAUAUCAAUAAAAUUAACUCCCAUGACUCAAGUUUAGCAGGUUUUCCUGAGGGACAGAAGUGGAUUCAGAAUGGAGCCUUCUGAAACACAUCCUCACUGCAAACAGUAACGCCAUAUG